AUGCUGAGCGAAGCGGAGAGCGGUGGCGGGGCCGGCAGCGGGAGCGCCGCGGAGAGCCCCGGGGGGGAGCCGGCGGCCGGGGUGGCCAAGCCCGCCCCGCCGGCAGCAGCGGCGGCCAGCGCCCUGCCCAGGAGCCAGGCGACCAAGCGCGUCCUAGCCACCCAGGUGCAGGGCACGGUGAAAUGGUUCAACGUCCGUAAUGGCUAUGGAUUUAUAAACAGGAAUGAUACCAAGGAGGAUGUGUUUGUACACCAGACUGCUAUCAAGCGAAACAACCCCCGUAAAUUUCUCCGAAGUGUCGGCGAUGGCGAAACGGUGGAGUUUGAUAUUGUGGAAGGCGAGAAGGGUGCUGAGGCGGCCAACGUAACCGGCCCUGGCGGGGUUCCUGUGAAGGGCAGCCGCUACGCCCCCAACCGCCGUCGCUUCCGCCGGUUUAUCCCCAGGCCCCGGCAGGGCCAGCAACCCCAGGAUGGCGCCCGGACUGAAGUGGCCGCCGAGACGGUCAGCGAGGGGGAAAGAGCGGACGAUGUGAUACAGCAGCGUCCCCGAAGGAGGCGCCCCCCACCUUUUUUCUUCCGCCGGAGAUUUGUGCGGGGGCCUCGGGCUCAGGCCCAGCUGCAGCCGGGUCAGCCCACAGACGGUACUGAAAGCACAGAGCCCAAAGAUCCUACCCAGCCUGAGGGAGACCCCCAACAGCAGAUCCAGGCUGGUGAGAGAGCCCCGGCCCCUCGCUUCCGUCCUAGAUACCGCAGGCCUUUCCGCCCCCGCCCACCGCAACAGCCCACCACCGAGGGGGGAGAUGGUGAGACCAAAGCAGCACAAGCCCCGGCCGACGGCAUCCGUCCUGAGCCCCAGCGUCAGCGCAAUCGGCCUUACUUCCAGCGCAGACGCCAGCAGACGGCUUCAACUCGCCAGUCAGCAACAGAGGCUACCUCGACUCUUAAAGAGCAACCUGCUCUAAGCUCAGCUGCUGCUGGCGGAGACACCCCUGCGACCAGCACUCCCGUGAUGGCUCAGGAGGCGGUGGUGGAAGCCAGCAAGCCGGCUUCCCCGGCCCAGGAGAGUCCCUCCCAGCCGCUGCCGGAGAUCCAGCAACAGCUUGUGGAUACUUCAACACCUGAACCUGGGGGAGAGCUUGCCCCAGCCCUACUGGCAUGAUGAAUCUGCACACGGUGAGGGGAUGCCAAGAGCUGUGAUCUGGUGUCCACAAUGUGCCUGCAACCCAAGUUACCUCAUCCUGCACUUGAAGAGACCCCAAACUUCACCAGUCCCCCUUUGCUGCUGUUGAAGCCCUGAAUGUAAAAAAAAAAAGUUAAACCUGAGGAACGUGAGGGGGAAACGUGACCAAAAAGGAAACUUGCUUUCAUUUAAAAACCUUCCGAGGGGCUUCUCUUUCCCCUCCCGCAGCUUUGCCAGUUUGAGAAGAGACUGGCUGUUGAAUCUUCAGUUAAUUUUUUCUCCCCCCAUUUUUGAAGACCACCCUGUGCAGU